AUGAUCCAAGAUGGCAUGGAUCAAAGCAAGCUGCGGCUUCCAAGACGAGGUUUCCUUCAAAGCAGCAAGAGUUGGCAGAAUAUUUUUCGACCAGCCUGCCAUUUGGUGGGCACCUUCAUUCACGGCUAUAAGCUGAGUCUCCACUUGAGCGAUGAGGAUUUGAAAAAGAACUCAGAGACUUCAAUAGAGCUUGUGGCCCGCGCAUUGUCUGAGGUGGUGGAUUCAUUUGGCAAUGUUCCCAUCCAAAUCCACCUCCAACAAGACAAUUGCUACAGAGAAGGCAAAAACAAGUUCAUGCUUCAAUUCUUCCUGCUGCUCUCCAUUCUUGGAGCUGCCAAAUAUUUGACACUUGGAUUCCUCAGGACGGGACAUUCACAUGAGGAUAUUGAUCAAUGCUUUGGUCAAAUAUCCAGGGCAUUGCAAGGAAAGUCAAUUUCAAGUCCAGCGGAGAUGAUUACACUUUUGGCAAACCUUUCAGGAUCUGGCGAUGGGAAACGCAUCAGGAAUUCUGCCUCAAGUGCUGCGAAGUUGGAUGAGUGCUGUUGUUGGAAGGAGUUUUGUAAGCAAGUCGGUGUCUCCUUUAAAGGAGUUCGCAGGGUCCACUUCUUCCGGUUCAGUGCCCGCAAGGACCUCGGCUCAGAUGUCCUGGACCAUGCCUUGGAGCUUGAAGAGCUGGGCCAGCGUUGGUAUUGCAGCUCGCGGGCUAUCACGGCCCAGGUCCGCAAGAACAUUGCAAAGACCGUUCCGCCGGUUGCCACAACUGGUGAGAUGACACAGGAAGGAGCUCGGAGUGAUGCACCACCACGAGCUGAUGCCGAUGCUUCAGAGGCCUCCGAACAGGAAGUGCUUCUGAGCUCUGAUGCUGAAGUUGAAGAAAAGAAGUCGGCAGUUUUCAAAGACUUGCGAGACCGAGUGUCCCGGAAUUUUGAAGACAUAGAUGGCGUGAAGAUUGGAUCCCUUUUCAGUGGGUGGGGCGUACUUGAGAUGGUAACGGCCUCGUUGCAAAGCCAGUGGAAUUCAUCUUUCUCAAAGCCCAUUCAGGUGGACGUUAAGUUCAUGGUGGAGAUCGAUGAGAAGAAGCAGGCCUACCUGAUGUCAAGGUUUCCGGAGGCUCUACUCUUUCAAGAUGUGAGCGAUGUGUCUCAGAAGUUUGCACCUACAGCUGAUGGUGGCAGAGCUCCAGUGCCAGAGGUGGACUUGCUGGUGGGCGGGUUUCCUUGUGUGGAUGUGAGCACCCUCACAACCACUCCAGGCAGUGUCAUUGACGGCUCAUGCUCCAGUGGCAAAGGUUUCCUGGGUGUCGAAGAGUUUGCGAGGAAACGUCGGUAUGAGAAGAUUCGGAAGAGGCUGGACGCUCUAGGGUAUGCAAUCAGUGCAGAUGUCUACAACACGGCAGAGUUUGGUUUGCCUCAGCAAAGGGGUCGGGCCUGGCUCCUUUGUGUUCAGAAGUCUCAGUUACAUGCUUCAGCCUUGCAGCUGGGCGCUGACAUGCGGCUGUUCCGUCGAGAGUGUCUACCUCUGAGUGCCUGUGUCGUGCUUGCUUCUGACCCUGAACCUCGUGAGUUGGAAAACUUGCCAAAGCACGGUGGUGGCGAUGCAAAGUGGAACACUGGCUGCGCGGCGCAGUGCAAGAUCUAUGGAAAGGCGAAGCUGGACAAGCGCAUCAAGCAGCUGGAGAGUUUGACGACAGAGUGCAGCCGCCGUGAGGUGGCUAUCUUGGCGGCAGCUAUUGAGCAGCUGGCUGUGACCCAUGGCAUCGAUGCAAUGAAGCAGCUCUUAGUCGUGCAGGUCGACUGGAUUUGUGAGGCCUACCAAGGCCGGCAUGGCUUUCCAGAUGCGAAGAAGUUUCCCAUGGAGAGUGGUGGGAGCUUGCUUGAGGUGGUCCAGAGAUGCUGGUCAGAUGAGGAAUCUCUCAUGGCAAACAGCUUUGAAUUCUGCAAGGUCAUCGGCAUUGUCAAAGCCGACUCCACAGAAGAUGAAUUCUCAGAGAGGGUGGAGAGCUAUUCUGAGAAUAGCUCGCCGCCCUUGAAUGGCCUCGCCGCCCGGGAGUAUGGUUCAAGCCUGGGUAUGCGGCUACUUGGAGAAGAUGAGUGCGAUAUGUCGACGGAGCACUUUGGGCAGUUUCGCUUUGAUGAUGGUGGGAUGCGAGGCUUGGCAGCUGCCUUGUGCUGGUGUGGCCUUGUCUACCAUGUGGUGCCAACGGCACCGGAUCAGCUUGCUGGAGAAGCAGUGGUUCGCCUAGUUCGAGGCUUGCUUGAGAUACCAACAUACCACCGGGCACAAUGUCCUGAUCAGAGUGCAGCCAUGAUUUCACGCAUUAUCAAGCAGAACGUGGAUUCCAAAGUUCAGAGUGUUUCGAGUUUCGAGUGGUCACAAAUUUUGGCAUCUAUGGCGAAGAGUGGUGAGAAGAUCACACUGAGUGAAGCCAUCGAGAUGUACAAUGGGAGUGCAGAGAUCUCGGACAGAACGGGCGCUGGGUCUUUGAUCUUAGAUUUGAAGAAGCAAUAUGCCAUCAGACACUGGCUUGAGGCAACAUGUGAGGCAGCCAAAGCAGAGGUGGAGAUCUCACUUCGGGACUCACCUUUCCAGUUUGGUCCAUGGGGUGAAACCCUUUCCAUCAUGAAGGUUCUCUUCUUGAACAGUACGGUGAACUUGCUUUGCCUACCAGAUUCCUCCAUGGUCCCAGCCAGCGGGGAGCCAUCAGUGGCAUUGGACUGGAGCUUGGUCAUGACACCUGUGAGCCAGGAAAUAUUGUUUGCGAGGAUUCGCUUGCACUAUGAAAAAGCCACGGCCAUCAUUGAGUCUCCCAGCGACCGUCGCAAAUACAGAUUGUCAGAGGACGAACUCCUGAACCUUCGGAAUGUUGUGACUCUCUACGCUUCCAUUCGAGACUUCCUCAAGGCUCGCCUGCGGAACUUUGAGGAAUAUGACAAGCUCAUGAGGACGACAAGCAUCAAGGAUGAAGACUUCCGGGACGUCAUGGAAUCUCGACCUUCAAGGUUUUCAAUGUCAAUGUUGGCCUCGGCCCAACGGGAAGCACUUGAAGAUGCUCGGGCUCAGGAAGAGGGUGCCACCCUUGAAGCUGAGAAGGAACGCUUGAAGCUUCGAGACACCCGCUGGGAGUACUUCAAAGCGGCACUUGAGCGUGAUCAGAAGGCCUUGAAGCAUGUCAAAGAGGCACCCACGAAGGUAGUGGCUGCUCUGAAGCACAGAAAGGAGGUAGCAUGGAGACUCUCCCAGGCAGAGCUUGGGGAGAAGGUGGUGAACUCGUACAUGGAGAAGUUUUUGAAGUGUGACAUUGUGAUGAAGGUGGAGUUGGCUCAGCAGAAAAUCAACGAGUACAGAGCUUUCGUUGCACAGUCUGCGGGCAUCAGCGAGUCGGACAUCUACUACCUCACACCGUGUGAUAUGAAUGUGCCAGGAGCAAGGACUUCCGAGCGAGUAAAUGAGCUGGCUUCUUGCGUGCAAUUUGCCAAUGACCUUUCACCGCUCAAGCACGGGGCGUUGCUGGAGCUGCCUGAUGUCCCCCACAAGAGUGCCAAGCGUGGCCUUUGGGACGAGGAGAAGGAAAUCAGUGAAGCCCUUUGGGGGCUGAGGCAAGUCUGCGACUCCAGGUGGGUAUGCCCAUUUGAACUACACCCGUCGGCAGAGGCACACUCCAACAGAAGGCGCUUCAGCAGUGGUCGAAUGAUUUGUAACGUCGACGCUCAGAAUGACAACCAAUGGGUCAAUGCAUCUGAGCUGGGGGUGGCCGGAAGGCCUUUAGCAUUGGAGUCUUUGGUUCUUCCACUCAGCAAGGACAUCCUGGUCCCUGAAAGCUUGUCCGCGGAGGAUGACUUGAAACAAGCUGAGCGCCAACGCCCGAGCACGGAGACAUGCUCCGCGCAGAAGGGUGUGAAGAAGUGGAUUGGAUUGUUGAAAAGUGGCCUCACGAUGCCUGGCACUUCCUUCUUGAAGGGGAAAACCGUUGUCUUGCUCAACAUCACUGGGUACAUUGAAGAUGCGGGAUGCGCUGCCUUGGAAUUGCGGCUGGAGAACUCGGAGCUCAAAGGUGGGUUCAAGACAGGCAACUUGUACUAUCAAAGUGUUUGGUGGCUCAACAAAGACUCCUACGGCCAUGCUCGUUUGCAACGAGAGGUCACGGACGCAUGGGUGGCCCGACGGUUCUCGCAUGGAGGACACCAAUUCACGGCUCAGGCGCCAGAGCUGACAGCUGCGGAGAUCAGUGCCAUCCCCGGCGCAAGCCCUGAUGCUCAAGACCACCUCAAGCUAGAGGUCAUGGAACGGGGGUCAGGUCCUGGGAGUUAUGCCAUCAAGGUCGAUGAGCAUAAGUACUGGUCUAUGCAGACUGGUGAGAUCUUGCAGCAGUACCAGGACCUCCGGGAGCAGAAUGCAAACCUCAUGACUCAGCUCUUUGGUCAAGCUCCAUCCGCUUCGACUUCGGCUGCCUCACGAGAGGAAGAUGAGGUGGCCACGGUGGAACCAGCUACCAGCGGCGAGGACUCAGAGUUUGACUCCAUCGCCAAGUUGGAUGAGGCCAUUGGCAUCGAGGCCAAGUGCAACAGCGAGAUUGCAAACAUUGAGCUUGUGAUGGGCAAGAACAAGUCAGUGUGGCUGGUGGCUUCACAAGACAAGGUUGUCGCCAAACAUCAGCUCCUUGGAGGAUUUGGGACAGGGCAGUGGGUGGCAGAGACCGACUGUUCAGAAGGCAUCGCCUUCAAGAUGGAAGAGGGCGACCAAACGAUGGUCCAAAUCGAUGAAUCCAGUUUCUCAUCAGCGGACGCCCAAGGCUUUUCCACUCAGACUCUUUACAAAAUGCUAGUGAGGAGCGAACGGGAGAAGGGGGUGGUCGAACACAAGCUGUCUUUUCUGAACAUCAAGCGCAAAGCUGAUUCUGCCUUGGAGCUGGGAAGCGAUGGCUUUGAGGUGGGGGCCAAAUGUGCUAUGAAAUUUCGUUGCAUGCGUGACCCAAGACAGGUGGGUUCUGGGCAAGAGGAGCGCAUUACAGCGAAGAACUUUUUCUCAAAGGUGUCCAAUGUGAAGUUCAACAAUUAUGCCUUGAUGAUUUUCAGAUUCGGAUUCGAGCGUGUUGGUGCAACAUGGAAGGUUCAACGGCCAUACACUGUGGCCAAGCGGGGCAUCACUUUGAAGAAGGGCAAGCCUUUCAAGAUCACCCAAGACUGA